CACACACCUCUGGCAUCCAGCCGCAUCAACGACGCUAGCAGCUGCUUGCAGAAUAUCAGCCAUGAAGUAUUUCGCCGUGCUGGCCACGCUCGCCGUCCUGUCGGCGGCCGACGGUAGGCGCCUCUUCAAGCGGCCGCAGCUGUUCCGUCCAGUGUUCGUCGGCGGCGACGCCUCCGGCCAGGCCGACGGCUCCGUCACCUCCGGUGUCUCGGAGACGGCGUUCGGACGAGACCAGAUCGACUCGGCCGUCUCCAGCGUUCGCGGCCAGGCCAACGGUCUGGGCAGCAGCAGCACCAACACGGCCAACGCCGACACGCGUCGCUCCGAGAGCGCGCUGGGCGUGCAGCGGACCUCCGACACGAAUGCCGUCUCGGUGCAGGACAGCAACGGCGCCGUGCUGCUGCCGGUCGGCGGUCUGUUCCAGCGGCCGUCGCUGUUCAAGCCGGCGCUGCUGCUCGGCGGCGCGGCGUCCGGCUCCGCCGACGGCUCGGUGACGACCGGCACGUCCGAUGGCGUCAACGGCUUCACCCGCGUCACGUCCGUCACGUCCAACGCCGACGGCAGCGUGCACGGCAGUGGCAGCAGCGUGAGCGUGGCCAACGCUAGCAACCAGCGCACGGAGACGGUCGAUGGCGUCUCUGAGACGUCCGACACGGGCGCUGUCUCGGUGCAGAACACCGGACGCUAAACCCACUGCAUCAUAUGGUCGUGAGUCAUUGCUCAAUGUUCGUCGCGGUUUGAGAAGAGGGAUGGACUCCCAUGGCUCGUUUGCUGUUGAUAAUGUGUGUUGUUAAUGGCUGUCAAGUAUUACCCCCAAAGAUGAAGACACGACGUGCAAUACAAAUUGAGGAUAUGAGACUGACGAGCCUUUGCAAGGCGCUGUUCGACAGUGCGUCACAAGGUGUUUCCAAGGAGGACGUCGCUCGAGAUGGCGUCGCCAAACAUGUGGUAUGACUUCAUAACACUGACUACCUUUUGUACUCUGCCAGCGCAAGACCGUACAAAAGUAUCUUCAUAUAGCACACUAUUUCUUUGUUGCGUUCACGUUAGCAUCCAAACGAACUAGUAAAUCCCGCGCCUUCAGUCUGGACAUAGGUCGCCGCCUCAAGGUACGGGUCUGAAGUACCCUUUUCACUUCACUUGUGUGUACACCUGGUUUUGAUGGCGUGCGUCGUACGACUCGGUGUAGCAGACACCGUCAUGGGACGAAGAAGUACACAAUCUUCAAAAGCUAGCGAUAUCUGGGCCCUAGACCCUACUCUUGAGGGCGCCGUAUUAAAUAGCGCACGGGCAGUGCCGUCCGCCUGUGGUUCUUUCAUGGUCCAU